GCAUUGUUCCCGGCCUGGGUGACCAGUGGGGAUGUCUGCGAGUAUGGCAUAGUUGACGCAGUAGGCAGCGGUCUUUUCGAGAUGAACUGCUUGGUGAUACUGCGGUGCGCGGGUGAGAAACAGGGUUCGUGGCCGUCAUUUGGUUGUUGCAGCGCAUGGCAUGGCAGCGCAAGGCAUCAUCGCAGACUGCGGCUAGAAUGGAUGGAGUCAACUCCAAGGGAAUCCGUAAUUGUGCAGCAACAGGAGACAGACGCCGCUGCUACUGCAUCACGUCACUGCUGUUGCUGAAGACCGAGAGACGCAGGCGAGAGAGUGUAGGUAUCCGUAUUCGUAGGAAUGAUGAUGAUGGGACAAAGUCUCCGCAACGGCCGCCCCUCCCGCGCAUGUUAGCGGGGGGUGAGGGUCUCUCUCUUCCUUUUCCCCCCUCCCGGCCCCUCCCGGUUAUCGUUUGGUCUGUCUCGAAACCCCUCCUCGUUGGUUGCGUGCAGACGCCAUCCGUGGUAUCCCGGCGGGUAGGGAGAGGAAAAGGACGCAGUGAGCAGCCGUGUGUCAGCACACCCGUCCGCUAUUUGCAGUUGGUGAUGGGGAAGAUGGGCGAUGAUGGAGGAUGAGUGGCCGGGGCAAAGGCGAGUUUCCCACUCGUGGUGAUUAAUGACCAGUGACAGGUCGCUAAACCAA